GCAUUAGCCUGCCGCGGAGCGCUGUCCGCCCCCUCGCGGUGCUGAAACGCCCCGAGGCGGCGCGCCUGCCGCUCUCCUUGCCCGCCGCGGGGUAAAAGGAGGGCAGCCCGGGGAGCCCGCUGCCAUGGGCGCCGCCGACGCCGCCCGCCAAAGUUUCCCGGUGCCCAGGACCGAGCCCAGCUGAAAGAGGGAACCUCCCGAAGUCUCCCGCCUCUCCGCACGGAGAAGAUGGAAAAUGCCUCCAGUUCUUCAGCGUUCCAUUCCACCUUAUCUGAAGGAGAAGACCUGAUUUUUGGAACACUGUAUUCACUUUUUGGUGUCGUGUCUCUCUUUGGAAACUCUCUACUCCUCCUGGUAGCCUAUCGGAAGAGAGCCAUCUUGAAACCUGCUGAAUUCUUCAUUGUAAAUCUUGCCAUCAGCGAUGUGGGCAUGACUGUGAUCCUUUUCCCCUUGGCCACACCAUCUUUCUUUGCACACAGGUGGCUGUUCAACCAUGCCAUGUGCACCUUCUAUGCCUUUUGCGGAGUUCUCUUUGGCCUGUGCAGUCUCACCAGCCUGACAGCGCUGAGCACCGUUUGCUGCAUGAAGGUCUGUUAUCCAGCAUAUGGUAAUAAAUUCUCUUCCGCUUAUGCCAGGGCACUGCUAGCAUGUGUCUGGGCUUAUGCUCUCAUCUUUGCAGUGGCUCCUUUAGCUGACUGGGGCAGUUAUGGACCGGAGCCCUAUGGGACCGCUUGCUGCAUCAAGUGGAAAGUGUCAACCAGAGAGGCAAAGUUCUACAUCAUGGCUCUCUUUGUCUUCUGCUAUAUCAUCCCUUGUGUCCUGAUCAUCAUCUCCUACUCACUCAUCCUUUGGACUGUCAAAGUGUCCAGAAGAGCAGUAAAGCAGCACAUGUCACCUCGGAGCAAGACCAACACUGUCCACAGUCUGAUUGUCAAGCUCAGCAUUUCUGUCUGCAUUGGGUUUCUGGCUGCUUGGACCCCUUAUGCCAUUGUUGCCAUGUGGGCAACCUUUGGAGAUAUCCACCAGGUGCCAGUCUUGGCGUUCGCCCUCUCCUCCAUCUUUGCCAAGUCCUCGGCAACCUACAACCCUCUGGUGUAUCUGCUGUUCAAGCCCAACUUCCAGAAGUUCAUUUCCAAAGACCUGUCACUGUUGCACGCCAUCUGCACAGUCUUCUGCUGCAGCAGGCCGAGGGUCAUCACCCUGCGUUCCUUCCAUACCCAAGAUGGCAGGGCUUCCAUGAGGCUCUCAACUCCUUUUGCUGAACACCGUGGGUCCUGCAGGAACUGCUCUGACACCUUUGAAUGUUUCCGUAACUAUCCUCGGUGCUACAGGCUGCCUCCAAAGGCCGACACGACAUCCAAGACUAGCCCCCUGGCAAUUCUGUCCAACGGAAGAGCUUGCAGGCCGAGUCUGAAGAGAACCAUGCAGGUCAUGGUGCUUGUGACACGGAAGAAGUCGGGGAUGGGGACUGUGAAUGUGGCAGGGGAUGUUCUGCCUGCCAAUAUUGUGAAAGACCUUAUGUAAGCAUGGCGAGAGGCAAGGGUUUCAAGGCAGGGGUUGACCCCUAUCUGCCUAGUCCAAUGGGAAUGUUUGACUACAGCAUCAAAAUCCAUCUUUUCCCCAUAUGUAUGGUGGCUCCCAAAGUGUGCUUUGCAGGUUAUAGGAUACUGCAAAUCUGACACCAGCAUUUAUCAGACUAUUUCUUUAAAAAAAAAACAGUUGUCAUUUUGCACCAACAA